AUGGGCUCUCGAAUGCGACUGCAGCCGGUCCCACCGGAGCAACUCACUCCAGAUCAGAGAGAACUGUAUGACGACGUUGUCGACAACAUAGUCAGAACGCUGGACGACAGGAAUUCCUUCAUCACGCGCGAUGAGAACGGCGCCCUUCUGGGGCCGUGGAACGCGUGGAUCCACGAGCCCGUCGUGGGCAGUGCAAUGUGGCACUUGAGCAAAGUCAUGUUCAGGGCGGCCAAACUCCCAGAGACGCUACGCCAGGUCGCCAUCCUGACGGUCGGGUCGCAAUACAAGGCCGCGUACGAGGUGUACGCGCACUCAGGUCUCUCGAGGCACUAUUUCAGCCAGGAGCAAGUAGCCGCGCUGGCCAGUGGUUCGGCACCGGAAGAUCUGUCCCCGGACGAAACGCUGGUCUACAGGAUCUCAAAGGCUUUGGUGUCGGGAGGUCCGCUGCCCGACGAUCUAUACGCCCAAGGUGUCCAGGUUCUCGGCCAGAGUAUGCUGUCCGAACUCAUCUUUUUGGUUUCCUUGUAUGCUUUGGUGUCGGUCAAUCUCAAUGGGUUCAAUGUGCCGGUGCCUACGCAAGGGUCAUAG